CCCGUUGCUCAUGGCGGGCUCUGAAAAAACCACUGUAGUCCCGACAGACGACAGUUUCACUGUCCCGCUGUGCCUCUGGCAGAGAGCUGCGUUCCUCUCGUCUGCUCCAGGCCCCAGUACCAGCGGGAGCAGAGCUGCAGGUGGAGGACCUGGUAGCAGUGGGGGAGAGAGGGACUCGCUCAGACUGAGGAUUGCACAGCUGAAACACGAGUACUGGAGAGAUGUAUCCAGAGGCGUUCAACCACUGCACGUGGAGAGGCUGGCCCACUCACUAACGGAGAGUUACUGCACUGCUAUGGACUCCAGCGACGGAGUGGAGAGUAUAGCAGCCCCUGUCAAGGUGCUCACCGCCAGCCGCAAGAAAGAGAGUGGGCAGUGGAAGUCUGAAAUUUCACUGGAAACUCUGCUCUCUUUUCCUGGAGUGAGACCUACUGACAGAGACAAAAGUGUGGAGGAGCUCCCACUAGAGUGUGUUCCUGUGGUGUCAGACUCUGUCUCUGACCGCCAGAGACCCGACCAGCCACAGAACUCACAGGUCCAGGCCUCUUCCUCACUCACACAACCUCCUCCCCCACCUCUUCAGCCACACUCGCUAGUCCCACCACGGAACCACAUUCAACUGCCUCUAAAGGGAGCAACUAGAUCAGCUGGGAAGUUUCCCUAUUCUGCUCCAUGUUCUAAUUCAUCUGGGAUGGUUGGAAAUGGAAAGGGAAUGGAGGGAGAGAGGAGACAAGAGGAGGAGGACGAGGAUGAUGAUGACGAUGACGAACCAACUGACAAAAGAUGGGGUGGAAGGAGAGGGUACGGAGGGCGGAGGAGGAGGGCAGGUAAGACAAGUUGGGAGGCCAGAAAGAAGGCCAGGAGAGAGGAAGACGAAGCGACAGAGGAGCCAAAACAUGCUCCAGCUCCAUUCAUUACUGCCAGAGACAAGCAUUUUUUGAAUCAACAAAAGAAGUACGGGGGACGGGUCUCUGAGAGCAGCAGGACCUCACAGCCACAGGCAAUCAGUUACGGCUGCUCAAAAAAAUCUCUCGGCACGAGGCGAGCUCCAGCGAGCAGGUUUGUCCCACCGGCACGUAGAGAGGAGGCGAGGGGGGAGGAGGGCCGUCGUGUCUGAGGAGCCGGGUUCAGUACGGUUCAGGACCCAGCAGCAGCAGUGAGGGAGGAGGAGCGGGUCUUCCCCCAGAGCUGGAGGGAGACGAGACACUCAGGAACAUAGAGCCACGUAUGGUCCAACUCAUCACGAACGAGAUAAUGGACCACGGAUCUCCUGUGGAGUGGGACGACAUUGCCGGCCUCCAGUUUGCAAAAGCUACCAUCAAGGAGAUUGUAGUGUGGCCAAUGCUGAGACCUGACAUAUUCACUGGUCUGCGUGGGCCUCCAAAGGGCAUUCUGCUGUUCGGACCUCCAGGAACCGGCAAGACUCUCAUUGGGAAAUGUAUCGCCAGUCAGGUGAAUGCCACCUUCUUUAGUAUCAGCGCUUCCUCUCUUACAUCAAAAUGGAUAGGUGAGGGUGAGAAGAUGGUGAGGGCGCUGUUUGCAGUUGCUCGGUGCCACCAGCCGGCAGUCAUCUUCAUGGAUGAGAUCGACUCUCUCCUCUCGCAGCGCAGCGAGUCUGACCACGAGUCCUCUCGACGGAUCAAAACUGAAUUCCUCGUACAACUGGAUGGAGCAACAACCAGUGCAGACGAUAGAAUCCUCAUAAUUGGGGCAACCAACAGGCCACAGGAUAUCGACGAAGCUGCCAGGAGAAGACUGGUCAAGAGAUUGUACAUCCCGUUGCCCGAUGGGUCGGCCAGGAAACAGAUUGUGAGCAACCUCCUGAGGGAACAGGCGUAUUCACUGACACCAGAAGAGCUGGAGGAGCUCUCCACGACAACUGAUGGGUAUUCUGGGGCGGAUAUGGCUAACUUGUGUCGCGAGGCAGCCUAUGGUCCAGUCAGAGCGGCAGCUGAGACCAUCCAGCACAUCUCAGCCGAUGAAAUGCGGCCGGUGCUCUACAAGGAUUUCCAGGCAGCUCUCCACGUCAUCCGACCGAGUGUAUCGGAGCGAGAUCUCGACCUCUACAUCCAGUGGAAUAAGCAGUUUGGCUGCGGCAAACACUGAACUAGUGGCACCCAUCACUCUAUCAAAUCUAUGAUUGUAUUUAUCAAAUCAUUCUCAUGAUAUAAAAAUUGAGCAAUUCAUGAUAGUUGUGGUAUAAAAAUCAGUGGUGGUGGGAUGAAAGGACAGGCUAGUGUUGGUUCUCCAAGGUUUCCACACGAGCCUCCAGAGCUUGAAUGGUGCUCCUCAGCUCAGCUGUGGCUCUGGCCACCUCUCUGACCACCAGCUCCCUGAUCUCAUCGGCAGAGAGAGCCCCUGUUAUUAUCGGUUCAUCAGUUUCUGGAGUCCCCGAUGCAGUCUCCAGAGCUGAAGACUGGGAAUCAGUGUCGUGUGUACACGCACACACAAGAAAAGACCUCACAAACCUCUACAGUAUGCUUGUGUCCUAUCUGCUCUUCUUGUCCCUCUGGUCCACUGCCAGGGCCUAUGAGUCUGCCUACGGCCUCCAGUAGUUCACCACAACUGCUAUCAAACUGCCCAUCGUCACUGAAGUCCAUCCACU